AUGGGAUUGACACGGGAAAUGAUAAUACCAGAGGAUAUAUCGGCACAGCGAGAAAUACCUAAAGUUCAGAUACCUAAUUUUUAUGCAAAUAAAAGAACAAUUGGGCUAUCAACUAUAAUCCAAGAACUAGCUACAAAUUAUCUACAAGGAAUUUCUAUUUGGAGUUAUUAUUCUCGAGAUCAUUUAAUGAUAUAUGCAAAUUCCAAAGAAGUUAGGACAGCAGAUAUGGCAGAAGUUCAGAGAUGGAUAUUAUCUUUGUUAAAGCUAGAAUUACCACCAACAACUAGAGCUUUAAAGCAAGGAUUUAUUUCGAAAGAAUUAUUAACUAGAUAUUGCAAACUGAUUGGACAUAAGUAUCAGGAACAUAUAUGUUCAAAAUGCAAUGAAGAAGAUAACUAUGUCCCAGAAGUACAGCUGGAAUGA